GAGUGUAACUUUUGAGCGUAGCUGCAGCCAUUUAACUUGUCUGCUGUUACAGACCAGCUUUAAUUUGACUUUAAAAUGAAAGAAACCACAUCAAGAACAAUGAGUUCACCUGAGAGUCUGAGAGAGUUUAUCACAGAGAGACUAACUGCUGCUGCUGAAGACAUUUUUGUAGUUUUUAAAAGAACUAUCGUCGAGUACGAGGAGGAGAUCGACCGUCAGCGCAGACUGCUGGAUGUCUCCCAGAAACCUCGAUCCUACCUGCACAGACCAGAUGAGCGACAUCAGCAUGAGUUUAAGGAGGAGGCUGAGCAGCAGCUCUGUAACCAGGAGAGAAACUCCAGCCUGGACCAAGAGGAGCCAGAGCCUCCACAGGUUAAAGAGGAAGAGGAGGCAGAGCAGGUCAUAGUGAAGGAGGAGACAGACACGUUCAUGCUGACUGACCACAGUGAAAGAGAACUACAAACUGAACAGCUGCUCCUUUCUAACGACUCUCACGUUGCUGAGAAUCAAAGUCCUAGAGGAAGUGAGCACAAAGACUCUGAAUCUACUGGAGGAUCAGAACCAAAACAACAGAAAUCACUUAGGAAAAGAAGAAAUCACAAAACUCAGACAGCAGAGAAAGACUGGGAUCGCCAACAAGGUGAAAAGCCUUCAAAAUGUGGCACAGAAGAUUUUAAGAAUAUGUCAGGAUUACAGACACAUCAGGGUGUCUACUCUGAUAUGACGACGCAUUCAUAUGUACCACAGCAGCAGGAGUUUAAGGAGCAGCAGCUCUGUAACCAGGAGAGGAACUCCAGCCUGGACCAAGAGGAGCCAGAGCCUCCACAGAUUAAAGAGGAAGAGGAGGCAGAGCAGGUCAUAGUGAAGGAGGAGACGGACACGUUCAUGCUGACUGACCACAGUGAAGGAGAACUACACAAUCAACAGCUGCUCCUUUCUAACGACUCUCAUAUAGAGGAUCAAGAUCCCAGAGGAAAUUUAUACAGAGACUCAGAAUCAACUGGAAAUUUAGAAACAAAACAGAAAAAACUUAAAGAAGGAAGACCUCAUAACUUCGAGGCAUUAGGGAGUGAGUGUAACAGUCGACAAGGUCAGAUAUCUGUAAAAUGUGACACAUGUGGUGAUGAGUGUAAGAACACAUCAAAGAUGCAUUCAUGCAGGACUUGUGGGAAAUUGUUUUGUAUGAGGCAGCAGCUGAUCAAACAUACAAGAACCCACACAGGUGAGAAGCCGUAUUCAUGUGGGACAUGUCAGAAAGAUUUCAGCUACAACAGUGAACUGAAGAACCACAUGAGAACUCACACAGGUGAGAGGCCGUACACCUGCAGCACCUGUGGAAGAGAAUUCAUUAAGAUGUCGAGUUUGAAAGCUCAUAAUAGAAUUCACACAGGUGAGAAGCCUUUCUCCUGCAGCACGUGUGGAAAAGGCUUCACUCAGAUGUCGUGUUUAAAUACUCACAGUAAAAUUCACACGGGUGAGAAGCCGUUCGUCUGUGAAACAUGUGGCAUGUCUUUCAGACUGAAGUCCAAACUAAGAGUCCAUUUGAGAUCACACACAGGGGAGAAACCGUACUCCUGCAGCAUCUGUGGAAAAGGAUUUACUCAGACAUCAAAUUUAAAUACUCAUUUUAGAGUUCAUACAGGUGAGAAGCCGUUUACCUGUGAAAUAUGUGGCACGGCUUUCAUGCUGAAAUGUAAUCUAAAAGUUCACGUGAGAUCACACACAGGUGAGAAGCCGUACUCCUGUCAUACCUGUGGAGCUUCUUUUGCGCAGAAGCGACAUUUAGACAGGCACACAAAAAUUCACACAGGUUAAAGACCGUUUACCUGAGAAACAUGUAAAAUGUCUUUAAGAUAUCUUGAUUGUUCACCUGAGAAGAGCUCACACAGGUGAGUCUGUACCUCUGUCAGACCUGCAGUGGAAGACUCUGCCAUGAACUCACAUGCAGACAGGUCGCUGUAUGUGUGCAGAUGUGUUGGAGUGGUUUUGUUCAGGUGUGCAUUAAUUGAAGAGGGUCCACUGUUGUAGUUUAAACCUUCAGUUCCUUUUCCAGAGUGCCAUCAAGACGUUUCACUGUUUUUAGGACUCCACAGAGGUGACAGCGGAGGUCAGAGGCUUUGUGUUUCUGGGUUAUCUGUUCAUCUCGGCUCUAAAACUCUGACAGAUUUUCAUCAAACUUCAUGCAUAUGAUGUGAGAGUUACCAGUCAGAAAUAUA